GGUGUAUAAGGUGUCCUUGGAUAGCCUUUGAAGUCUAGUAUCUCAAUUGAGUGGUCUUUGUUCGAGGAGAGAAAGAUUAUCUUACAAAAAUCGAGCUGGAGUGAGUGGUGGUCUGUGAACUCGAGCUGUGAGAGUGCUGAGACUGUUUGGUUGAUAUCUCGAGUUUUACAAAUCCAAUUAAGGCGUGUGAGAUACCCACAGAAAGCUCUCAAGACGAGGAAUCCGUGAAGGUCUGGUUUGCAGGAAUCGGAGUUGUGGAAGGCUUCCAAAUCGUCCGAUCAAAACACAACCUCGCAGGAGAGGAUUUAAUCUUCUAAAAGAAACGAGUUGACCGGGAAACACCCGUUCUAGGGGCUGUUUUCGUAUCAACGAUUAAGGGUUGAACUAGCACCUUGAGGAGGCUGUUUAACACUCAUAUUUGAGCAAGGAAUCAGUUCCAAAUCCACCUUGACCAAAGCUUUGACCAUUGGACCAAGAAGGGAAAGUUUAAAGCUCAAUUGAGGUUGAGGCUAGAGCUUGCUUCCUGUGCUCGUUGAUCGAGUGAUUCCUUGGAGAGAAGACUUGGUUCGUGCUUCCUCCAUUCUGUUUUUAAAUAAUAUUAAACUUGCUCAUGGAUAUUUUACUUUAGAGCCUGCGUGCUCAUGUUUGCCCUGUGUGGCCCUUUUGUUUUAAACAAUGUUUUUCCGCUGCGUAUUCAAUUGUUUAUUAUGUAUGUUUAUGGAUGACUUAUGUGUGAAUGAUAUUCAUGACGCCUUGUAUAAUAUGAAUGUGUUGGACUGCGGUUGACUAUUCGUAUUGUACGGCGGGUUGUUGACGUGUCCGGGGAGGUCCGGGGCGUGACAAUUAAGUUGGUAUCAGAGACUUAGUCCAUAAACUGCAUAGUGAAGUCUCAAAAUUCUCUUUUCAAAAUGAUAUUGAAAACCAUGAGCAUAGAAGUUUUGUACUUGGAGAGCUUUUGGUACUUGGGUUGCAAGGUCUCUAAUUGUUAAGAUGGUACCCUUAGCAAUUGGUAUGGCGGUGACUCGAGCCAAAAUGUGUCUUAAGUACGUAUCCGUCAAUUGACAUUUGAUACGAGUCUAACGACUCUUUCCAAAUUUCUUUCAGAGAUGGACCGUGGUGGCAGGAUUACUAGGAGAAACCCGACGGGCCGUGUACCAGUGGAGACUGGACAGGGCAGUCGAAGGACCUCUAGGGCAUCUAGAAGAGCUGGCCGUGGAGGCCGAUCACAGACCGUGAGUGACGGUCAUGUUGACACGGAAAGUGAGACCUACUGGUCCUAUGAGGACUCGACUUACCAACCGGAGACAGAGCCGGUUGAGACCCCUUAUGAAGGGGAUGAUGACGAUGUAAGUGAUGAGGAGGAAAAUGGCUCCUUAGCACGGAUCGAAGCACUACUCCAACAAUACCACAGGGAGCGUGAAGAGAGGAGGCAACGCCGAAGACGCCGAGCGGGGCAACCUUCGGGCAUGGCUUCAAGAGGAGGAAGUCAUGGUGCAUCUAGAGUCCAUGUGGAACCACAUGGAGGCCAAAAUGAUGGAGGUCCAACCAUAAGGAUCUCCAAAUUUAUCAAAGAAGCAAGGGAUUUGGGGUGCAAACCCUUUGAUGGAGCAGGGGACAUUUCAGUUGCAGCACAAUGGAUCAAGAGGCUAAAUGAAGCAGCCCUUGACAUGCAAAUCGCGCCGAAUCUCAAACUGAGAAUUGCGGUAAGAUUGCUCGAGGGGAUGGCAUCCAAGUGGUGGGAUGGAACCAAGAGCAAGUACGGUGAGACCGUCGUUUGGGAGGACUUCCAACGGGAGUUCUUUGCCCAAUAUUAUUCGGAUUUUGAAGUGAACAAGAAGGUGAGGGAAUACACCCUCCUAACCCAAGGGGGUAAUAUGACAGUGAAGGAACUUGAGUACAAGUUCCGGGAUCUCGCCGAUUACAUACCGGAGUAUGCUUGUGACGAGAACCGAAUGGUAAACCACUUUUGGGAUGCUCUUGACUUGGAGAUACGUGAUAGGGCAACACAAUUGCCUAAUAUGACUUUCGCCCAAGUGGUUGACCAAGCGUUGAAGGGGGAGAAACAGUGGGAGGAGAGGAAGAAGAGAGACGCCGAGGAGGCGAAAAAGAGAAAGUGGGAGAGUCAUGGCUCCCAAGGUUCCAACAAAAAGGGGAACCAUGGAGGAGGAUCUUUCCGGGCACCGCUGCCACCGUCUAGGGGGAACCAAGGCCCGAGUGGGCAAGGCUCGAGGUCUCAAACCUCGGUGAUAACUCGUUGCAACAAUUGCAAGAAGAAUCACUCCGGUAAGUGUCGCGACCCCCCUAGAUGUUUCCAAUGUGGGGAUGCCGGGCAUUUGAAGGCGCAUUGCCCACAAUUGGGUGGGACAAGGACAUCGGGACCGAGCAGUGGCCCGACGGGUACACGGAAUCAAACCGGAGCGUCUCAAGCGAGCCGGGGACAUGGGGGAGCAAGUGCGAGCAACGCGCCAUCCGUGAACCAAGGGAGGACCCAGGCUAGGGUCUAUGCGAUGACGGAGGCGGAUGCUCAAGCUAACCCGGACUCCGUUGCAGGUAUUGCCUCUCAUAUACUAGUGUUUUAUCCUUAAUUAGUCCAUAAAUUGAGGAUACUAAUCGCUAGGAUCAUUGCACGAGGUUUUGGGGUCGAACCGGGGGAUUUCGGGCAACUUCAGGCGGCUGGGACCCAGGCACGAUCGUGCCUAAGGCAGACACGAUCGUGCCUCCAAGUCAGUAGCUGCCCAGGAAUAUUCCCAGCCCAGGCACGAUCGUGCCUAAGGCAGACACGAUCGUGCCUACAAGGCAGUAGCUGCCCAGGGUUUUUCUCCAAACCAGGCACGAUCGUGCCUAAGGCAGACACGAUCGUGCCUCCAAGUCAGUGGUUCCCAGGAUUUUUCCAACCCAGGCACGAUCGUGCCUAAGGCAGACACGAUCGUGCCUCCAAGGCAGUAGCCCCAGGGCGUUUUCCUGAGCUAGGCACGAUCGUGCCUACCCGGGCACACCGUGCCUGGCACCCAGAUUGCCGAAACCCGAUUUUUUCGCAUCGUUUUGCGACGUUAAGGCCUCUUCUUGAUCUCUAACGUGCGUGUGAACAUUGCAACCUUCUAUAAAUGAGUAGGGAGGAUAGGAAAGAUGUCUUACAUGGUUCAUGAAUGUAGGGACACUAAAGAUUAACGGGAAGGAUGCACGAAUCCUUAUCGAUACCGGAGCGCAACGUUCAUUCGUGAGUGAGGCGUUUGCCGAGAGCUUAGAGAUGCAAUCAAUACCAAUGACACAAACCUUAGUGGUAUCAACCCCACUAGGGGAAGACGUUGAAAGAAACAAUUACUAUCCAUCUUGUAUGGUGGAAAUCGGUGGCCAAACCUUGAUGUGUGAUUUCGUACCGCUGAGUAUGAUGGAGUUCGAUGCAAUCCUAGGGAUGGAUUGGCUAGAAAAGCAUCAUGCUAGGGUAGAUUGCUACACAAAGGUGUUGGAACUCGAAGGCACACAUGGGGACACCCUACGCUUCGAGGGGGACCGCGGCAAAUCAAAUAGUUGUAUCAUAUCCGCCGUGAGAGCGAGAAAUAUGAUGAGGAAGGGAUGCCACGCAUAUCUAGCAUACGUGGUUGACAAAACCAAAGAGGGAACGAACAUCGAUGAUGUGAGGGUGGUUUGUAAGUAUCCGGAUGUCUUCCCUAAAGACCUACCGGGGCUUCCACCUGACAGAGAGAUUGAAUUUGUGAUCGAGGUCGAGCCUGGUACCAAACCAAUCUCCAUACCGCCAUACCGGAUGGCACCCGCUGAACUUAACGAGUUGAAAACCCAAUUGCAAGAGCUUUUGGAUAACGGUUUCAUUAGACCAAGCCACUCCCCGUGGGGAGCACCGGUUCUUUUUGUGAAAAAGAAAGAUGGGACACUUCGAAUGUGCAUUGACUAUCGUCAACUGAACAAGGUCACAAUCAAGAAUAGGUAUCCGUUGCCUAGGAUUGAUGACUUGUUUGAUCAACUACGAGGAGCAACCGUGUUUUCGAAGAUUGACUUAAGGUCGGGGUACCAUCAAUUGAAGAUUAAGGAAGAUGACAUACCAAAGAGUGCUUUCCGCACAAGGUAUGGGCAUUUUGAGUUCCUUGUUAUGUCGUUUGGGUUAACAAACGCCCCGGCGGCAUUCAUGGACUUGAUGAACCGAGUAUUUCAUAAAUACUUGGAUCGAUUCGUGAUUGUGUUCAUAGAUGACAUCUUGAUUUACUCAAAGAGUGAAGAAGAGCAUGAGGAGCACUUGAUACUUGUUCUUGAAACACUACGGGAGAAGCAACUCUAUGCCAAAUUUUCUAAAUGUGAAUUUUGGCUAAAGGAGAUUGGCUUCCUCGGGCACGUGGUUUCGGGAUCGGGGAUUGCUGUUGAUAACAAGAAGAUAGAAGCCAUUACUGAAUGGGAGAGGCCAAAGAACGUCAAGGAAAUUCGUAGUUUCCUUGGAUUGGCAGGCUACUAUAGAAAGUUCGUGGAAAAGUUCUCUGUUUUGGCAUCGCCAUUGACGAAGCUCACUCGUAAAGGAGCUAAGUUUGUAUGGGAUGACAAAUGUGAGAAAGGGUUCAUGGAACUAAAGAAGAGAUUGACUGAGG